ACCACCAUGGCAUUUUGGUUGGAUUUCCUAAAUCCGCAGGACACCUAUGCCGCCGAGAAAACUCUACUCUUCGUGACCUUUAUCCUGGGUCUGACACCGCUACGCAUUGCCGGUCCAUUUGGCAGGCGACGCAUUUACAUAUCCCGUCUGGGCCUAGCCAUCACCCUGCUGCAGAGUACCUUCUUUGUCUAUUGUUUCCUGCAUUCCUUUCUGCUGGAAGAAUCCAUUGUGAGAUUCUUUUUCAAAACGGAAAUUUCCAAAAUCGGUGAUAUUUUGCAGAAAUUCAUAGGUCUGACGGGAAUGUUGAUUUUGUUUGGUAUGAGUUUGCGACAUAGCCGUGAUUUGGUGGAAAUGUACACGACAGUGGCCCAAAUCGAUUGGCGUUUUCGAAAUUUGGGUGUUGAAUUCAAAUAUCGUUAUAUUAUGAAUUUUCGCCACACCAAAUUGGUGAUGAUGGUGGUGGUCUGUGGCAGCUACAUGACCAGUUGUAUGUGGAUAUUGUUCCAUAAUCAAAUCUGGCCCUCGUUCCAGGCGGUGGGAGCGUUUUUUCUGCCGCAUGUCUUUAUUUUGAGUGUCGUGGUGUUGAAUGUCUCAUUUGCAAUGCGUUUUGGUCAGCAAUUUGAUCUGCUCAAUCGGGUUCUCAAAAAUCUCAGCCAUCAAUGGGAUACGCGCAACAUCAAGGCCAUAACACAGAAACAACGUUCGCUUCAGUGUCUCGACUCAUUCUCCAUGUAUACGAUUGUUUCGAAAAAUCCCUCCGAAAUUAUACAAGAAUCGAUGGAAAUUCAUCAGCUGAUUUGUGAGGCAGCAUCGACAGCGAAUAAAUAUUUCACCUAUCAACUGUUGACCAUCAUUUCGAUAGCCUUUCUGAUUAUUGUUUUCGAUGCCUACUAUGUCCUGGAAACCCUGUUGGGCAAGUCGAAGCGGGAGAGUAAAUUUAAGACAGUCGAGUUUGUCACCUUUUUUUCGUGUCAAAUGAUUUUGUAUUUGAUUGCGAUCAUCUCGAUUGUGGAGGGCAGUAAUCGGGCUAUUAAGAAGAGCGAAAAGACCGGUGGCAUUGUCCAUGCCCUGUUGAACAAGGCCAAGACCCCAGAAGUCAAAGAGAAGCUGCAACAAUUUUCUAUGCAGCUGCUUCAUUUGAAAAUCAAUUUCACUGCAGCUGGUCUCUUCAACAUAGAUCGGACGUUAUAUUUUACGAUAAGUGGUGCCCUAACAACCUAUCUCAUCAUUUUGCUUCAAUUCACAUCGAGCAGCCCUCCAGCCGUUCAGGCUGCCUGCGAAACUGCAAAUUCAACGAAUAUUGCCAAUCUAACGCAGCAUUAGUGGAGGAGAUUCUUAAGUGUGGAGCAUCUAGUGGUUGUUUAAUGAACUACAACCAAUUUGGAAUCUUUCAUGUUUUUGAAAAUGUCUCAAAUAUACAUUCUCAAGUAUACAAUUUGAAAAAUUUUUAAUAUGCAACCCAUCCAAAACAUUGAAGCCAUAGUUCGAUAAUCAAUCUGUAGAUGAACUACCCCAUAUAAAUAUAUCAUUAUUUUAUAUUUUAUUUGUUAAAUGUGAUUUAAGCUAUAAUUAUUAAUA